UGCUUUUAAUGUUUUAUUAUAAUGACUACAAAUUAAACUUUACUCAUUAAAAGGCUGAAGAGGAGGGGGGGAUAAGAGGCCUGAAUAAAGAAGAGGGGCACACAGGGGGAGAAAAGAGGGAGAAACAAUGAAGAGGGGGAGGAGGAGGAGGAGGAGGAGGAGGAGGCUGAGGAGCUCCAUCACUUCCGCACCAUGUGGGUCAGCGGGACUGAAGCUCAUUUGUUCCUGAUCGGAGCCUCAUCCUCCGGGAUAAAGGAGCAGCAGCGGCCCGGCAGAGCGGAGGCUUCAGAGGCCGGAGAGGAGAGCUCAUCUGCGGGGUGAAGAGCGCUGUCUCCCCGCGGCUGCAGCCCCGACAGCGGGGAACAUGUCCGCGGACGUGGCGGUGUCUCUGUCGGUGCUCGCGGGGAUCGUUGCCCUGAGCGACGUGACCCGCAGGGUGUUGACCAGGGCCCUCGCGGACACCGGGCUCUCUGAAUACGCCGUGGAGCUCGUGUCCACCUUCCAGCUCUGCUGCUGCACGCACGAGCUCAAGCUCCUUUCAGAGGUGGGCGGGAUCGAGCCGAGCCUCGCGCUCACCUUGACAUACCUGGCGGCCGUGGUCCACGGGCUCACCUUCUGCGGGGCCAUCGGAAACCCGUCCGGAGCGCUCGAGCACGCGUACCACGCGAGGCUCUCGGGCGGAUGCGCACUGCGGCGGAUCGCGUGCCAGUUCGUUGCGGCGUUCGCUGCACGCGCCGCGGUUCCCAUGAUGUGGGGCAUGGGUUUGUCGGGAGUGCACGUGAGGCAUAAGCUUCUCGGUUACCGGUGCAUCAGCCCCAUUCACGCGCCCGUUCCCACGGCUGCCGCAGUGGAGUUCGCGUGCGCCUUUGCGGUGCAGUCCGCCAUCACGCACACCAGGUCCGUGCAGGAGAAAUACCGCGUGCACGCCGUGGCUGCAGUCAUCUCAACAGUGGUCUAUGCAGGUAAGUCCGGGACUCACCUGUCCGUCCGCCGUCCCCCUUCUGUCCUCAUGAAGACCCGUCAGGGAGUUCGGCUGAAAGUGGACUCUGUGACCCACCUGAUGGGGUUAGAGAGAGAGAGAGAGAGAGAGAGAGAGAGAGAGAGAGAAAGGGAGAGAGAGACAGAGAGAGACAUCAGCUGAGUGAUCAGAGAGGAAAUCUGAUCGAUCAAAAGUAAAGAUCAGAGCUGUGAACAAAUCCACCAAUCAACAUGUGAAGCUGUUUUUGAAGGUGUUAAACUCACCUGAGAUCACCUGUAGAAAUUCUUCCACACAUCAGAUGGUGAACGUGACAUUUAUCUGUAGAAUAAAAUAAUAGAAAUCUUUUAAAAACACUAAUGUAAUGUCAUGAACAGAAAUAUAGUCGGUGAAACAGCUGGAGUGGUCUUUGAAAUAUUUAAUAAUUAAUGUCUAAAUGAUUGUUUGGUUACAGAAAACCGUCUGUCAGGAUUAAGAAGAAACAGAAUCACAUCUGAGGAAACUUCCACCCCCAGAAUAAACUCUAACUAUUUAACUACAUUUAGCACCUAUUUUGACUUAAUUAAGUUAAAUAUUAUUACUAUUACAGAUCAAUUAUAUUUACCCCAAACUCUCUCGACUCUCUGUACUCGGUGGACUCAGAUGUCUUGUGUUUUGGCCUCCAGGGUUCAAGAAAUCAUCUGUCAAUCAUGUGAUGGAGGAGUGGUCUUCCAUUAAAUCUGUUUUUUUUAGUCAAGAUUAUGAUACAAGAUAUUUUCACCGACUAUAUUGAAGUUCCUGUCGAGGGCCGACCUUCAGUUUUCUACAUGUCAGAUUUAUUCACAUUAAUUCCUGUUUGAAAAUUCACUGAAUUUUGCGACCCCCGUCAUGACUGACCUCUGCUCCUCUGUGUGUUCAUGUGUGUGUGUCCAGGUGGCAGUGUGACCGGAGCCGUGUUUAACCCCGCGCUGGCCUUCUCCACACAGUUCCCCUGCAGUGGACACUCCUUCAUGGACUACAGUCUGGUUUACUGGCUCGGCCCCCUGCUGGGUAAGGAGGACCGCUGAUGUGGACGGAAACAUGUGCAGGUUUUUCAAAGACGAUAAAAGCAGAGAUUUCAGCUUUAAAACUGAGAUUCAUGAACCUUUAAAAGGUUUUUCUGACUCAGUGUGGAGUCAUAAAGUCUGGUUUAAAGGACAUGUCGGUGUGAAUCUUCAGAUCUGAUCAGCUGAGCCUCCAAAAGAAAACUUUGACUCCAUCAUUCAUUCAUCAUUUGGGCCAAAAACCUUGGGCUGUGUACUGAGGAGCUGAAGGUGAAUCUAUUUUUGGAUCCGGUCAAAUCCAGAACUUUAAAUCUUUUUUUAUUGACCCACAUUCCUGUUUGUUUUAUCCUGUAAGACACUGAAGCGUUCCUGAGGAGAGGCGCUCUCGUCUGUCAGAGUCACAGACCCGAUAAUCUGCUUUAAUCUGAAGUUCUUUGUCUCACAAACUUCCUCUGAAAGGAGAUUAAAAAUAAAAAAUAAACAUCAGAUCUCAGAAAAAAAGAGCAUUUCUGUUCUUAAAGGUGGUGAAGAUGAGCUUCAGGUUCAGAUUUGUAAACGAAAUGAAUCAGUGAAUUAAAUCAGAUCUUCUCUGUCUGUUCAGGUAUGAUGAGCUCUGUGCUCCUGUUUGAUAAAGUCGUCCCUCUGAUUCUGAGGAAGUCACCGUCACUCCAUCUUCCCCUGGACGUGAAGAAGACGACAUGAGCAUCAGAUGUUCACAAACUUAAAGAACAGGAGGAGGAGGAGACGUAGUUUCUGAAAACCUCAGCUGAGCACAAGUUUAUAAAAAGUACAAAAGUAAGGAGCACAUUUUUCAAACUUCAAUCUUGAGUCUUUGGGUGAUUUUAAAGAUCAUCACAGCAGCUAAACUUCAAACUCUUUUUAUCGGAUUUCACUCUGAGCUCAAACACAAACUCUCUGGACAUGAACGGGUUAAUUCUCGACGCCGUCAGACUAAUAAAAACAAACUUCCAUUAAAUUUAAGACAUUUAAACUGUUUAACAUCAUUACAAUUAAUUCAGUUUAUAUUGUAGUAGAAAAAAAAUGAAGUUAUUUUACUGAAGAUUCCUAAUAAAGAACGGAGACUGAUCGUAAAUAUGGAGAAUAUCUAGAAGUUUAUCUGUAAAGAAUUGACUUUAAUCAAACUGUUGAUUCUGAGUCCAGAGUGAGUCUUCUGUUUUCUGUCUGUAACUGUCUGUAGAAGUGGACUGACAUGAAACUGUGAAUUUACUGUCGAAGGAGAUUAAAUGGUCAGUCAUGUGAUCCAACGCUC